AUGGAUUACGAAGACAACUUCACGGAAUACUUUGGGACUUAUGAAGAGGACGAUCCCCCCGUGUCCCACCUCACUCACGCACAGGUGGCGUCGCUUGUGUUCCACGGUGUGGCUUUUCUCCUGGGGGUGCCUGGCAAUGCGAUCGUCAUCUGGAUUAUGGGCUUUAAAUGGGACAAGACCGUCACUUCCCUCUGGUUCCUCAACCUGGCUAUUGCGGACUUCAUCUUCGUCCUUUUCCUCCCUCUCUACAUCACCUAUGUGGCCACGGGCUUCCACUGGCCCUUUGGGAAGUGGCUGUGCAAAGCAAACUCCUUCAUUGCUCUCUUCAACAUGUUUGCCAGCGUCUUCUUCCUGACAGCCAUCAGCCUUGACCGUUACGUCCAUCUGAUCCACCCUGUCUUCUCCUACCGGCAUCGGACUCUCAAAAACACCUUCUUUAUGAUUGCUUUCAUCUGGGUUUUGGCCACGCUCAUUGGAAGCCCGGCGCUGUACUUCAGAGAUACCCUUACGCUACACAACAAUGUCACCAUUUGCUACAACAACUUCCAUCCCACGGACGUCGAUCUUAUUAUCCUCAGACACCAUGUUCUGACCUGGGUAAGGUUCAUUUGCGGCUACCUCUUUCCUCUGCUGACCAUGAUUGUUUGUUACUCUCUUCUGGUAUGCCAGGUGAAGAAAACUGCCACGCUGACCUCCAGCAGGCUCUUCUGGACUGUUCUGGCUGUGGUGGUGGUUUUUUUCGUUUGCUGGACCCCAUACCAAAUAUUCAGCAUCCUUGAGCUCUCUGCUCACCACGAUAACUACUGGCACGACUUGCUCCGCGACGCCAUUCCUCUUUCCGUCAGCUUUGCUUUCAUCAACAGCUGCCUUAACCCCAUUCUUUACGUCCUCCUCAGCAAGAAACUCCAGUCCUGUUUCAGUGUGACGUUUUCAGAACUGGUGAAGCACACCCUCUGGGAAGUCAGCCGGUCUGGGACAGUCAGCGAACAAGUCUGGAAUUCUUUGAGUCUACAGCAGGGCGAAGCAUCUGAGCUGGAGACUUCUUUGGGUGAAAUCUCUCCCUGA